AGAGAAGCAGCACUCCCUUGCUGAGCACAGUGCACCUGAACAUUUACCACCACUACACUGCUGGAGUUUACACUUGCUAUGUUUGUCCCAGUCUCUCUCCAGAAGAAGUUGGAAACCUGAUCACUUACAGAGGCCAGAAUGGUGGAAUGAAGCAGGAAGCCGCUGAAGCAAGCUGGAGAGCCAAGCCCUUUCUGGAGGAGCAGCCUCUGCUCUGCUCCAGAUCACUGUGGCAAGGCAGGAAUGUUGACCUACCGUUACCACACUCACUGUCCAGUUUCUCAGGCUACAUUAUUGGAAUUCUGAAGUCAUGAAAACGCCAGAGGAACCGACCUGCAACACCUUGGAUUCACAUUGGAAAAUAAAGAGAAAGCUUAAAGAAUGUGGUCUAUAAAAGCAGGGGGCACCUGGAGACAGUAGCCAGCUGGUAGUGUCAGAGCAGACCCGUUUCUAGACAGCCGAAGUCAUUUUAGUCCAGUACCAAGGUUCAAGAAAAAAAUGUACAACUAAAAACUUUUAGCCCCUCCCUCCUCUGCUUCAGACAGGUACCAGCGUAGGCAAACUAUGAUUUUCCCUGGUUGAGAGUAUUUGUUUUUGUCCAUGUAGAUCAUGCCUAGGAACAAAAUAUUUUUUAUUUGAUGUAGAUUAUAAUGGGAAACAUUUUCACGAUGGCAGAUUUCAAGGACUUGGUUCCAAACUGAGCCGAAGCUUCCCAAUGUGUUUUGUAGUCCAGGAAAACUGUGCUAUGCUGGCCCAGUUUUGAAGGCCACCAUGCUCUGUAUUAGAAGGAUAUCAUCGCAUUGCUGAUAUCUUCGGAGCGCCCCAAGCAGACACAGAAAAUGAAUGGAGGCAAAGAGUGUGACGGAGGAAACAAGGAAGGAGGUCUUCCAGCUAUCCAGGUUCCUGUGGGUUGGCAGCGGCGCGUGGACCACAGCGGCGUGCUUUACGUCAGUCCCAGUGGGUCUUUGUUAUCUUGCUUGGAGCAGGUUAAAACAUACCUGCUUACUGAUGGAACAUGCAAGUGUGGCUUGGAAUGUCCUCUUAUUCUUCCCAAGGUGUUUAAUUUUGAUCCUGGAGCUGCUGUGAAGCAGAGAACUGCAGAAGAUGUUAAAGCGGAUGAAGAUGUCACAAAGCUUUGCAUCCACAAGAGGAAGAUCAUCGCUGUGGCCACACUCCAUAAAAGCAUGGAGGCCCCACACCCUUCUCUGGUGCUCACCAGCCCUGGAGGAGGAACAAAUGCAUCUCCAGUAGCACCUUCACGGGCGGCAGCUCCAAGAUCAGUAAGAAACAAGUCUCAUGAAGGAAUUACAAACUCUGCAAUGCCUGAAUGUAAGAAUCCUUUCAAGUUAAUGACUGGAUCGGCAAAUGCCAUGGGAAGACUAUAUGUGCAAGACCUGCCUGGAAGCCAGCAGCAAGAACUCCACCCUGUCUACCCCCGACAGAGAUUGGGCAGCAGUGAACAUGGACAGAAAUCUCCAUUUCGUGGCAGCCAUGGAGGCCUACCCAGCCCAGCAUCAUCGGGUUCCCAGAUCUAUGGAGAUGGCUCAAUCUCUCCAAGGACUGACCCACUUGGAAGCCCUGAUGUCUUCACAAGAAAUAACCCUGGUUUUCAUGGAGCUCCCAAUUCCAGUCCUAUUCACCUGAACAGGACUCCUCUUUCUCCACCUUCAGUAAUGCUACAUGGUUCUCCCGUGCAGUCAUCCUGUGCAAUGGCUGGAAGAACUAAUAUACCUCUUUCCCCAACCUUGACUACAAAGAGUCCAGUAAUGAAAAAACCAAUGUGUAAUUUUUCAACUAAUAUGGAAAUACCACGAGCAAUGUUCCACCACAAACCACCCCAAGGCCCACCUCCCCCUCCUCCACCUUCUUGUGCUCUUCAGAAAAAGCCAUUAACAUCUGAGAAAGAUCCACUUGGCAUCCUUGACCCUAUUCCUAGUAAACCAGUGAAUCAGAACCCUAUUAUCAUUAAUUCAACCAGUUUCCAUUCAAAUGUCCACUCUCAGGUACCUGUGAUGAAUGUAAGCAUGCCUCCUGCUGUUGUUCCUUUGCCAAGUAAUCUCCCUUUGCCAACUGUAAAACCUGGUCAUAUGAAUCAUGGGAGUCAUGUACAAAGAAUUCAGCAUUCAGCUUCAACCUCCCUGUCCCCUUCUCCAGUGACAUCCCCAGUGCACAUGAUGGGGACUGGAAUUGGAAGGAUUGAGGCAUCGCCCCAAAGAUCACGCUCAUCUUCCACAUCAUCAGAUCAUGGAAAUUUCAUGAUGCCACCUGUAGGACCCCAGGCCACUUGUAGUGGCAUAAAGGUUCCACCUAGGUCACCAAGGUCAACAAUAGGUUCCCCGAGGCCAUCAAUGCCAUCAAGCCCUUCUACCAAGUCUGAUGGACAUCAUCAGUACAAGGAUAUCCCUAACCCAUUAAUUGCUGGAAUGAGUAAUGUACUUAAUACCCCAAGCAGUGCAGCUUUUUCUGCCGCAUCUGCCGGAAACGGUUCUGUAAAGAGUCAGCCUGGUUUGCUGGGAAUGCCUUUAAAUCAGAUCUUGAACCAGCACAAUGCUGCCUCCUUUCCAGCAAGUAGUUUACUCUCAGCAGCAGCCAAAGCACAGCUAGCAAAUCAAAACAAACUUGCUGGUAACAACAGUAGCAGCAGUAACAACUCUGGAGCUGUUGCCAGCAGUGGCAACACUGAAGGACACAGCACUUUAAACACCAUGUUCCCUCCAACUGCCAACAUGCUUCUCCCUACAGGUGAAGGUCAAAGUGGUCGAGCAGCACUAAGAGAUAAGUUGAUGUCUCAGCAAAAAGACUCGUUACGGAAAAGAAAACAGCCACCUACCACAGUGUUGAGUUUGCUCAGACAGUCUCAAAUGGAUAGUUCUGCAGUUCCUAAACCCGGACCCGACUUGCUAAGGAAGCAGGGGCAGGGGUCAUUUCCCAUAAGUUCAAUGUCUCAGUUACUACAGUCUAUGAGUUGUCAAAGCUCUCACUUGAGUAGCAAUAGUUCCCCGGGUUGUGGGGGAUCGAAUACUGCUUUGCCUUGCUCUGCUAACCAGCUGCAUUUUCCAGAUCCUAAUAUGAAUUCCAGUGUUCUUCAGAACUCACUGACACAGAGCAUACCUUUAAGAGGGGAAGCCGUGCACUGCCACAAUGCAAACACUAACUUUGUUCACAGUAACAGCCCAGUCCCCAACCACCAUCUUGCAGGUUUAAUAAAUCAGAUUCAGGCUAGCGGGAACUGUGGGAUGCUCAGUCAGUCGGGCGUGGCUUUAGGAAACUCAUUACAUCCCAAUCCACCUCAGUCAAGAAUUGCAGCGUCCUCCACUCCAGUGAUACCAAACAGCGCUGUUAGCAGCUAUAAUCAGACAAGUUCUGAAGCAGGGGGUCCAAGCCUACCAUCUUCCAUAGCUAUAGCUGGCAGCAACCACCCUGCCAUCACAAAGACAACAUCUGUUCUCCAAGAUGGAGUCAUUGUCACCACCGCAGCUGGAAACCCACUGCAGAGUCAGCUGCCCAUUGGGAGCGAUUUUCCUUUUGUUGGCCAGGAGCAUGCCCUUCAUUUUCCAUCCAACAGCACUUCAAACAACCAUCUUCCACACCCCUUGAACCCCAGCCUCCUCAGUUCUCUACCUAUCUCUUUGCCAGUGAAUCAACAGCAUCUCCUAAACCAGAAUCUAUUAAAUAUCCUCCAGCCUUCAGCAGGAGAAGGUGACCUGUCAACAAUAAGCAGCUCUUUGAAUAACCACCAACUGAGUCAUCUGCAGUCGCUGCUGAACAGCAGCCAGAUGUUCCCUCCAAGUCAGCCGCAGCAGCAACACCUCCUCCAGGGACACCAGAACCUCCAGGCCUUCCAAGGACAGCCCACAGUCCCUUGUCCAGCUAACAGUAGCCCCAUGGCUUGUCUGUUUCAGAACUUCCAGGUGAGGAUGCAAGGAGAUGCAGCUCUUCUAAAUAAAAGAAUAAGCACUCAGCCGGGACUCACAGCACUUCCUGAGAACCCAAACACUGUACUUCCACAUUUCCAGGAUGCACCUUGUGAACUGCAGCCCAGGAUUGACCCAUCUCUUGGUCAGCCGGGGAAGGACGGCCUCGUUAUGGGUGGCCCAGGUGAUGCCUCCGUAGAUGCCAUUUACAAAGCAGUUGUGGAUGCGGCCAGCAAAGGAAUGCAGGUUGUCAUCACCACUGCUGUCAACAGUACAACUCAGAUCAGCCCUGUUCCGGCUCUGAGUGCCAUGAGUGCCUUCACCGCCUCUAUUGGUGACCCGUUAAACCUGUCCAGUGCUGUAAGUGCGGUCAUUCACGGGCGGAGCAUGGGAGGAGUGGAUCAUGAUGGCAGGCUGAGAAAUGCAAGAGCGGCACGGCUACCCAAGAGUAUAGACCAUGGGAAAAACUCCAGCGAAGGAGACGGGUUUGAGUAUUUCAAGUCAGCAAGUUGCCACACAUCCAGAAAACAAUGGGAUGGGGAGCAAAGUCCCAGAGGGGAGCGUAACAGGUGGAAAUAUGAGGAAUUUUUAGAUCAUCCAGGCCAUAUCCACAGUAGCCCUUGUCAUGAAAGGCCCAACAAUGUCUCUGCACUGCCAUUUCUAGCUGGGGAACAGCACCCAAUACUGUUACCACCAAGAAACUGUCAAGGGGAUAAAAUUCUGGAGGAAAAUUUCAGGUAUAACAGCUACAAAAGAACUAUGAUGGGCUUUAAGGAGAGACUGGAGAACACUGUGGAGAGAUGCACGCACAUUAAUGGAAACAGACCUCGUCAGAGUCGGGGUUUUGGAGAGCUGCUAGGCACUGCUAAACAAGACCUAGUCCUAGAGGGGCAGUCUCCAGGUUCUUCGAAUAGUUUGGAAAGUUCUCUGGUCAAAGACUACAUCCAUUACAAUGGAGACUUUAAUGCCAAAAGCAUGAAUGGGUGUGUGCCUAGUCCCUCAGAUGCUAAAAGCAUUAGUAGUGAAGAUGACCUAAGGAAUCCAGACUCCCCCUCUUCACAUGAAUUGAUACACUAUAGACCAAGGACGUUCAACGUUGGUGACUUGGUCUGGGGCCAAAUCAAAGGACUGACUUCCUGGCCUGGAAAAUUCAUAAGAGAAGACGACGUUCACAACUCAUGCCAACAAAGCCCCGAGGAAGGGAAGGUGGAGCCCGAGAAGUUGAAGACCCUAACAGACGGUUUAGAAGCCUACAGCCGAGUCCGGAAAAGGAACAGAAAAAGUGGAAAGCUAAAUAACCAUUUAGAAGCUGCUAUUCAUGAGGCCAUGAGUGAACUGGACAAAAUGUCUGGGACAGUUCACCAAAUCCCACAGGGUGACAGACAAAUGAGGCCUCCCAAGCCCAAGAGGAGGAAGAUCUCCAGAUAACAGAGACUGUUCCACUGGCACAGUGUUAUCAAGGGAGCGUGCACAGAUCCAUCUGUGUGUAGGUGUUGACAUGGCCAUGGUGAGGUCAGAAUGUAAACUAUGGCAGAUAGCUACCACCACCACAGGGCGCCAAAAGGAGCAAUGAUGGAGAUGUGUUUUGAUCAGGAAGGAAAAUGAAUGUUGAAAACAAAACAAAACAAUCAAAAUCCCUGUAUGAACAAAGUGAUAAAUGGCCAAGUGAUUGCUGAGAAGUGUUUUCUAUUAUACUAAAAUUGUGAUUAUAAGAGAUAGUCCAAAUGUUUCUGAAGAAUUUUCAGUGUUGUAUAUAGAAAAUACAGAAUUUCAUGGCGAUAUUAGAAAUGUAAAUAUUGUACAAUAUUGUCAUGUACAAGCAUACUUAAUGCACACUUUAUCUUUUAUUGUACAAAGAAAUAGUGUACAAAAAUCUUUGGUUUCUAUGGAGUACACCUACCAGAGACUACCAGUGUAAAGUGAUAAAUAAAAAUACAACCUAAAUGCUUUUCUAUGAUAAUAUAACAGAUGCUGGUUUUGUAUUUAACAGCAGAGAAAAGGCACGAUUUGUAAUACACAAAUCAUGGCAUACGCUGCACACCACUGAGUGGCCACUUACAAUGUCUCUUUAGCAGGAGCCUCAUAGAAAAGAACUAGACUCAGGUUUUGGGGUCUAAGAAGCCUGAAAAUUUCUGAGUGGAUUGAGGAUUCACGGGCCUAAAUCAAGAAUUCAGAAUCUCAACCGUUUGUUACAAUUUCACUGUUUCACAGUUUUGGACAUUUCUAUAAUGAAUUUGAGUCACUGUCCCUGCCUCCAUCCCCUUCUUUUACCCCCCCCCCCUUACAGUGAGUCCCCUCCUAUUUUCAUGUCUUCCUGUGUGUGACCCACUGGAUGUGAUUAGAGUUUCUUGCCUGAGCAUGGGUGGGAGGUUAUUUACUAGACCAAGGCAACUUCUCAGUGGCUACGCCAGGAGGGAAAAUGGCAUCAUCCCCUCACCCAGCAACCAUUAACUGCUAAUAGUCCCUCAUGGUGGAGUGAGACCACACGGGCCCCUCCGCCAUCCAUGGUGAAAUACUGAUUUGUUCAAUCAUGUGUAAGCAUGGGCCCUUUCACCAUCCAUGAUAAAAUACUGAUAAGUUCAGUCAUGUGUAAGUCAUGGCCCCUCUAUCAACCAUGGUGAAAUA